CAGUUUUUCUUUAUCGAUCCAUGUUUUGACCGUGUUCAACGAACUUCCCGCAGGACAAGAGGAUCACGGUGGUGGAUGCACUGGCGCAUCCCUACCUGGACGAAGGGAGACUGAGAUAUCACUCGUGCAUGUGCACGUGCUGUUACACGACCAGCGGCGGCUUGAGACAGUACACGGGCGACUUCGAGCCGGCCACGUCGCAUCCGUUCGACGAUCUUUGGGAACGGAAGCUCACCACUGUGCAGCAGGUGAAAGAGGAAAUGCACAAAUUUAUAGCGGAACAGCUGAACACGUCGCGCGUGCCGCUCUGCAUAAAUCCGCAGUCCGCGGCGUUCAAGAGCUUCGCAAGAUUUAUCGAAGAGCUACCUGUAUGGAGUUUCGAUCAAUCGAUCCCACAUCCCGUGCACACAUUAAUUGUACGUUUUCUCUUCCUCUUCCUAGCAACUUCCUCGAACCUCUCUCAUCGAUCGUAGUGGAAAUCGUUCGAGAGCUCGGUGCGGAGAUCAUCAGGAGAUCGUCGAUCGUAUCCUCGAUUCUGUAUCUAUUGAAAGUGUCCACCGUGUGAUAAAGGUGGGCUACCUGUAAUAUAUUAUUAUUAUUAUUAUUAUCUCGCAACGAUAGGAGGCAAGAGUUGAUAUUUGUAGGUUAAAACAGAAAAAAGAAAAAAAAUAGGGGAACGAAGUAGAAAAGGCUGAUCUCCGCCGUGUAAUUUUUGUAUUUUCGGGUAAGCGAGGCCGGCCGAGGAUUUAAUAAUAUAUAAAUGAUAAUUGUAAAACAGUACAAUUUGCAUCGCGUUUAUUGAUAACGAUUAGUAAUAGCGAUUACGAGUAACAGUUGUAACAUAAGAGGAGAGGAGGGUGGAGAAAUAUGGUUCGCCGACGAUUUCCUGAUGAACUCGAUUCUCUAAAAGGAGAGAGAUUUAAGAGAGAUAUUUUUGAAAACAAAUUUUCUCGGAAGAUAUUUUGCACGGUAAUUUCGAAUACGGGUGGAGAGAAGAAAUUUUUCACGAUAAGAAUUCUCUGGUUAAAUGAGAGGAGGAGUAAAAUUUUAAGGAAUCGACACGAGUCGUUUUUCCUCGAUCGAGAAUUUCCACGUGGAUCGUUGACGAUAAAAGUUCGAGGUUGCUUUCUUCGAAAAUAUAUUCUUAGAAAACACGUGAUAAGACUCAAGACCAUCACGAUGGCGAUGUACUCAGAUGUAAAUAGAAACUGUAAGUAAUUUAAACAAAAAAAAAAAAAACACAACCAUUAAGUAACAUUACGUGUCUACGAUGCCUAUAUCUGUUUAAUCUACGUAACAAGAUGGAAGCAAUUAAUUAUUGCUGAUUACUAUUAAACUAAUAACUAAACAGCAGUUUAUUCUAUCUGUGUGUGUCGGUUUCGAUUGGACAUAGAUUUUGUAUCACCCUUUUCUCCGUGUAUGAUGUGUAGCCAGAAGGUCGAUUUCGAAAGGAAUGGAAUAAUUUUUUUUUUUAAUAUAGCUAAAUUAAAUAAAGAUUAAUAAAUGGACUUAUAAAUAUAUAAGGAAGGAAAUAAAAAUUUUAUGUUAUUUAUGAUUAUAACUACUCACGUUAGCAAAAUAAUAUUUUUUAUUCAUAUAUCCUUAAAAUGAAGAUAAAAUUUUACGAUGCAUAAAACUUCUUGAAAUUUUCGUAAUCGUCGUAAGAUGAUCGAUACUAGACCACUGGCUGUCAAAACGU